UAGGCAACGACGACAUGCUGGAGUAUAAAAGGGGCACAGGUAGCCAUCAGCCGGCACACUCUCAGUCGCUCCGACUCGGGAACCAGGGCAUCAGCGGAGAUAAGGCUUUACUUCGCCCUCUUAGGCUAACUCGCUUUGGGCUUUGGUUCAGGAUGGACAACCCUUCUCUUUCUCGGAGCCGACGAAGCUCCAUCAUGCGCUUCUGCAAAAGCGGUCUCUCCCUCUGGCUGGUGGUCUGGCUGGUCCUCGGCAAGCCAAGUCCGGCAUCGGCGUGUCCACACCACUGCGUGUGCUACCCGACGCCCAUGACUGUGAGCUGCCAGGCGCAGAACUUCACCGCCGUCCCUGUCGGAGUGCCGUAUGAGUCUCAGCGCGUUUUCCUUCAGAACAACCGGAUCAUGGAGCUCAGAGUUGGCUCUUUUGGCUUCGGAACUCAGGUUCUGUGGCUUUUCUCCAACAACAUCACUUGGAUUGAGGCAGGUGCUUUCAGUGAGCUGAGGGACUUGGAGGAGUUGGACCUGGGGGACAACCCCAACCUUCACAGGCUGGAAGGGGGAGCUUUCCGUGGGCUUGAGAAGCUCCAGAGCCUCCACAUGCACCGCUGCCGGCUCACUGCCCUGCCUCAUGACAUCUUCCACAAGCUGUACAGCCUGCAGUUCCUCUACCUGCAGGAAAAUAACCUCCACUUCCUGCAAGACGACAUCUUUUCUGACCUCAUCAACCUAAGCCAGCUGUUCUUGCAUGGCAACCGCAUCCGAACCCUGUCAGAGAACGUGUUUCGUGGUUUGGUGAACCUCGACCGGCUACUCCUCCACGACAACCGCGUCAGGCAGGUGAACCGACGCGCUUUCCGAGACCUCGGCCGCCUGACCAUGCUCUUCCUCUUCAACAAUUCCCUGGCUGAGCUGCCCAGCCAGACCCUGAGGGACACACAGGGCAUCGAGUUCCUCCGCCUCAAUGCCAACCCCUGGUCCUGCGGCUGUGAGGCCCGUGCCCUGUGGGAAUGGUUCCGUGAGGCCCGCGUCUCCUCCUCCGAGGUGAUCUGCGCCUCCCCUUCAACCCGUCGUGGUCAGGACCUUCGCUUCCUUCGCGAGAUGGACUUCGCCCUCUGCCCCCUGCCUGACCCAGGCUCCAUCGCCGGCUCCACCACCACAACUUUCAGCACCAAAACCCGCUGGUGGUUUCACAAGAACAAGCCCCAGUCCUCUACAAAAGGCAUCUUUGAGAAGGCCUCGGAGACCAUCAAAGCUGGUCUGCAUGGGAAAGGCCCCUCAUCAACCACUUCAGUAGUCAAAUAUGAGCUGGGAGAAGAGGAGCUGGCGUUGCCCAAGCUUGAACCAGAAGAGUACUGGGAAAACUACGGCAACGAGGACUCUGGUGUCACCCUGCGGUGCAUCGAGCUCGAAUGUCCACCUGAUUUCGAACUGACACCAUCUUCCUCCUCACCCAGAUUUUCAUCACCCUCCUUACUUUUGCUACUAUCUCUUUCUGUUUUCACCUACUGCCUCAACCUUUGUUUAGUCUUUGGCUGA